UAGUGUGACGUACAGGACCGAGGAGAGUAGUAGAUGUUCUGACCAUCUGAUUAAAGUCAGAUGUGUAAGGAAGAACUUACGUGGGUGUAUGAGUAUCAGACACGUAGCUACAUUUUUUUUCUGUUGUCAAGAACUGUGCAUAUCAUGAUCUAUAGUAUAUUUAAAAGUGAUUGCGUUGUAGUUCUGGUGAAAAAGUGAACGUAAAUAAUGGGUGCUUUGUUUGGUAAAAGUAAAAAACAUGUGAGUCGGGUAACGGAGCAGGACAAAGCUAUAUUGCAGUUAAAACAACAACGAGAUAAACUGAAACAGUAUCAGAAGAGAGUAGAGUCUAUGUUGGAGAAAGAUAGACUACUUGCACGGAAACUAUUGCAAGACGGUAAAAAGGAACGUGCUAAGCUCAUAUUACGGAAGAAAAAGUUUCAAGAACAGCUUCUCGAAAAAACAGACGGGCAAUUGGAAAACCUUCAGAGGCUUGUCCAUGAUUUGGAGUUCGCACAGAUAGAGAUACAGGUAUUAGAUGGACUUAGAGCCGGCAACGAGGCGCUGAAAAAAGUACACGACGUUAUCAGCGUUGAUGAGGUUGAACGAAUUCUUGAAGAAACUCGUGAAGGGGUCGAAAAGCAGCGAGAGAUUGACGAACUGUUGAGUGGCGCAUUGUCCGCUGACGACGAAGAGUCUGUAGAAGCAGAACUAGAAGAAAUAAUAAAGGAAGCUCUUCCAGAUGUACCCGAAGCCGAGGAUGAAGAGCUAGAAUUACCUGAGGUUCCUACAGAUGAAGUAGAAAGAAGGAAGGAGAAAGCAAGAGCCCAGAAGGUAGCCAUCGAAGUCGCACAGUAAUAUCAUGAAAGUGUGCAACGACUGCAAGACCGGUGUGAUUAACAAGAUUUUCGUUAUGUUACUCGUGAACUUUUAUACGUAUUUCUGUUCUAUUGGAAGAGAAUAGUAAAGUUAAUGUGACAGACAAGAGUUUUGUCGUACGGUUGUCCAUAGCUUCAUCUUAAAGUGUGUAUAGGCCUAGCACAUAUAGUGCCACUUGUUUUUUUCCAGAGUUUAUUCUGGCAUGUGCUGUGAUAAUAAUGUAAGGUGAUAAUGUAGGUUUCUAUAAUAAUGGCCUGUGUCAAUUUGUUGAAUGUUAUUGCUGCUUUCUCAUCCAUUUUUCCCCCUAUGUAUGCUGGAUGCUUCUCAAACUUUUAAUACUGUAAUACUCAAACUGCAGCAUUGUUGGCAUAAAAAUAUUUUAUUCAUCACAAAGUGCCUCUGUGACACAUUAUUGUGAAGGCCUCUGGUUACUACAUUUAUUUAAACCAGUGUAAAUACUUUUGGAUUAGAGACCACUCACUGAAAAGCAGAAGUGUUGGUUGUUGGUACACACAAAAGGAACAAAAACUUGAUGGCUUUUGGAAUGGGGGUAGUGUCAGGUAGGGUGGGUAGAGGGAGGCUGGAGGCAGGGAGAGGAUGGGGUGUGGGAGGCUAGCAGCUGAGAGGGAGACAGCUGAUUAGCUAACAAGAAAUGUGGGAGCAAGGAUUGGCGUAUGUACAUACAAGGCAUGCAGCGCAUUGUUGUUGGAGCCGGUGGGUAGUGGCGCACGCUGGGAUGACAUGGGGACAUAAAUUGGGAGGGGGUGACAGGACGGAGGAAGGGAAAACUAUUGGGUGGAGAUCACAGCGGUAGUGGGUUACCAGAGAUAGAGGUCAGAAUGAUAAUGGGAGUGAAAGCUGUGUUGUAAAGAAAACUCCUAAGUUCAGAGAAAGAUCCUCCAUGGCCCGGGUUAUGAAGCAGUCAUGAGCAUUUUGUUUCAGCUGCAUUUUGUGCCACCGAGUGGUAAACUUUGUUCUUGGGACCAGUUUGAUGGGGGCCAUUCGUCGUCAUAGAUGACUAAUUGGUAGUCAUAUUGACAUUAAAAGCUGUGCAGUGUUUUCAACAGAGUUCUCUCUCAUGUGGCAGGAGAAAACUGACAGGCUGGAGUGGGAGGUGCUGGGUGGGUUGAUUAGGCGGGUCCUGCACAGUGAAAGUGGCAUAGUAUGCAUUAGGGUAAUGGAACAGCAUUUUAGGGUGGGAAGGAUGUUGGGUACGACAUUCUUCAUUUCCGGUCAUGAUGAGUGAUACUGAAAGCCCUGGUGAAGGUUAAGGUUCAGUUCCCACACCCCCUACCCAACAGUUUGCCCUUUCUCUGUCCGGUCACUCACUCCCAGUUCAUGUCACUUUCAACAUGCACUGCUCCCCAUUGUCUCUGACAGCUGCGCAACACAAGCCCAGCCUGUGUACUUGCCACCACCCACACCCUCUCUCUCAUUUCUUGCCAGCAAAAUCAAACUAGCUGCCUCUGUCCGAUCUGCUAGCAUCCCACUUCAGAUCCCUCUCCUGCCUCUGGUCUGUCUCUACCUACCCCUCCCACAACCUAUUUCUCUCUCUCUCUCUCUCUCUCUCUCUCUCUCUCUCUCUCUCUCUCUCUGUGUCUGUCUGUGUGUGUGUGUGUGUGUGUUGGGGGGCUGGGGGGGCUAGCAAGUACUCAUUCUUUUUGUCGUGACUGUCAACAUCUCUGCUUUUUAGUGAGUGGUCUCAUUUAAUCCAAAAGUGUUUCCAUUCUCCCAGACCUUUCCUACAAUGCUUGUUUGAAGCCAUUUGUGAAUAAGGAUAAAAUACUAUUUUAACUCUGUUAGCCAAAGGUUGUAUUAGUUUGAAGAGUUUAUUGCAGCUUAGACAAAUAAGAGAUCAACAUUAUUUUUGUAUGUCUAUUUGAUAGUGAAAAGUGUCUUAAAAUGUACAAGCAGGCAAAUUUAAAAAUUUCAUUCUGCAUCAUUAUUACUACUUAAUAACAGCAAAUGUAAUUUAUUCAGAAUUUUUCCACUUGUUGG